AUGUAUCUGCAUCGAGAGGCAGAAUAUGGAACCCACAGCAAAGAUCUGAAGCCGUGGGUAAUUGCCCUUCUCACGGUGCUCGCCUUGAUGAUGGUGGCAGCAACCAUUGGACUUCUGGCUCACAUCUUAGUGUCUGGCCAGAAAGCGGAGUAUUAUCAGGGAACCUUUGAAAUUUCAGAGAGUCAUGUCAUUAGCAGUUCAGAACGAAAGAGCUCAAAUCAGCUGAAGGACUUACAGGAGGCGAAUGAAGGUUUGGUAGAUGAAAUAUUUAUAGAGUCAACCUUGAACAAACACCAUGUCAAAAAUCAUGUAGUCAGACUAACUCCGGAAGAAGAUGAUGCAGAAGCAGACAUUGUUACGGCACUCCAGUCCCCCUCUACUGGGCAAAGAACUGUGGGAGAAAAGAAGAACCACAGCAUCUUAAAUCAGAAGAAGAGGAACACAAGAGCCUUGCAUGCUGAUGUAUCAGUAGUUCAAGUAAAUGCAUGUAUUUCAUCAUCAGGGGAGCUAACUGUCCAAGCAUAUUGUGGCAAACGAGCUAUCCCGCUAAUUGCCAACAGAAUAGUGUCUGGAAACCCUGCAGCUAAAGGUGCCUGGCCUUGGCAAGUUUCUCUUCAGCGCAGCAACAUCCAUCAGUGUGGGGGCACCUUGAUUGGUAACAUGUGGGUCGUCACGGCAGCACACUGCUUCAGAACUAAUUCAAACCCACGCCAAUGGACUCUUAGUUUUGGGACAACAAUAAACCCUCCCUUAAUGAAAAGAGAAGUCCGAAGAAUUAUUAUGCACGAGAGGUACCGCCCCCCAGCAAGAGACCACGACAUUGCUCUUGUACAGUUUUCUCCGAGAGUCACCUUUUCAGAUGAAGUACGCCGAAUUUGUUUGCCGGAACCUUCUGCGUCAUUCCCGCCAAAUUCAACUGUCUUCAUCACAGGAUUUGGAGCACUCUACUACACUGGGGAAUCUCAAAAUGAACUCCGAGAAGCCAGAGUGCAGAUCAUAAGCAAUGAUGUGUGCAAGCAACAACACGUGUAUGGCAAUGAAAUCAAGCGUGGGAUGUUCUGUGCGGGAUAUCUGGAAGGAAUUUAUGAUGCCUGCAGGGGUGAUUCUGGGGGACCGUUGGUUGUAAGAGGCAAUAAAGACACUUGGUAUCUCCUUGGAAUUGUGAGCUGGGGAGACAACUGUGGUCAAAGGAACAAACCCGGAGUUUACACACAAGUGACUUAUUACCGACGCUGGAUUGCAUCAAAAACGGGUCUCUAA